AUGGAGGGAGCGGAGGAGGUCGGCGCGCAGCGUGGGAGCCUCCGACGGGUGGUGAUUGCUUGGUGUGCUUUGGAAUUCGCGACUGGAGCUUGCACUCGCGGCCUGAUCGCCUACGCCUCCUACUGCCGCCCCUCCUACGCGGCUAAGGUGGGCGCGCCGGUUGGUGCUGUUCUUCUCCAGAUAGAGGUCCUCACGACGCUGCCACCACCAUCAGCAGGCCACCUUCUUGCUCGCGGGCCCCGUGAUGCCGCCGCCCACGGCUCACCCUUCUCGAGGCUCUUCUUGUCGGCCACGGCCAUAGCGCCCCACAAUGCCUACGACUCUGGCUUGGGUGGCUCGGCGUUCUAUGCCUGGAUUCGUACGGCGGUCAAGGCGGUCCCUGCGCCCGCGCCGCCGCAGGAUGAGGAGGACGAAGGGCUCGUACGCUACAUCCCCGUGAAGGCCUACUUCCUCUCUACCAGCAUUGAUUUGAAGAGCAUGCAGGCGGAGGACGGGAGUGAUAUCGUACCUCCGUCGACCCGUUUGCUCAACUACAUUGCGCUCCGCUACUCCGAGUUCCCGCCUGAGAUAAUGGACAUUGGAGUGAAGUACACCAGAUUUUGCUAUCGCUAUGUGGUCGUGUUCCAAUACAGUUCUGCUAUGACUUUUAACAUUGUUGAUCAUGAAGCUGAAUACUAUCUUGAUAUAAUUAGGAAACAUGCUUCAGGAUGGCUUCCGGAGAUGAGAAAAGAUGAUUAUGCAGUGGUUGAGAAACCAUCCUUGACAACAUGGAUGAAAGGUCUUGAUUAUACAGUUCUUAAAAGUAUAGACACAGAUGGGAUUCACAUCAUUUUAAGUGUUCUUGGUCAAAGUAUCGCCCUUGAUUAG